CGGCACCAAGUGUCGAUCGCAGCCGAGAAACAACUCGGUAGAAAAAAAAAAUCCUCAUUACCCAGUGCUCACAUUCACACGAGUGAUAUAAACAAAGUUGAAUCAGCAGUGCACCUUUUAAUUUAAAAAACACCCUGUUCCCCUUUCCAAUCACACCGGAGGAUUGCUCCAGUAUAAAUCCAACGUUUGUGUUGUGUUGUGUGCAGUGUGAGUGCGAGUAUUACUCCAAUCGAAGAAGAAUCAGUAAAUGAAAAAGAUCAAAACGAUCAAAAAGAUAAGGUAAAAAUUAAACGGGAUAAAAUAAUAAGUAAAAAUAAAACGCCAGGAAGUCAAUAAUAAAAUAGUGGAUGAGGGCUGCGGGUGAUUACGGCUCCUCAAGUCCAUUGCUAUCGCCGAGUGUGUCAAUAAAUAAGUGGAUUGUUUAAUGAUUUUGUUGGUAGGGAAUGUGAGGGGUUGGGAAAAGCUGAGAAUAUUGAUAAUAAUUUUAGCGUGAGUGUGUGCCGGUGCAAAUGCAUGACGGAUCAUGGUCACUGCGUCCGGCCCUACAGGGAUCCUAGCGGGACGCCCUACUGCAUCAACGGCACAGUCACAGCAGCAAAAUGGCACUCACGAUUCAAAAAAUAUUCGAACAAUCGAUGACCAUGAUAGACGUAGACACCAGUCUGAUUUAUAUGUCAGACCCAGUUGGGCUGAUGCAGAAAUUGCAUUGGAUCAAAUCAUCAAGGGGAAGGCUGAGGGUCAAAGGUCGGCCAUUUGGAUUCGUGGCAAGCUGCAGGACGAAUUGAACCAAUUGGGAUAUUUUACUCAGAGGCACGCGGGCAAGGUUCUUUUUGUAGCGGUAUUAUUAUUAGCUACAUUUUGCAUUGCACUGAAAUCCAUCCAGGUGCAUAGCAAAGUCGAACAGCUGUGGAUACAAGAUGGAGGCAGACUGCAGCAAGAACUGACAUACGUAUCGGAGGCCCUCGGUGAAUCAGCAAUCUCCAUUCAUCAGCUCAAUCAGCUGGUAAUACAAACGCCGAGGCACUCGGGGGGAAAAAUGUUGCAUUCAGCUGCUCUGAAGGACCACUUAGCAAUGUUGAAGAGUGCGACGCAAGUUACAAUCGAUAUGUACGAAACCACGUGGGGUCUCAAAGAAUUGUGUCAUGGACCGAGUAUACCGAAUCUUGAUCUUGAGAACAGCAUUAACCAGAUUUUUGAGAAAAUUAUACCCUGUGCCAUUAUUACACCUCUGGACUGCUUUUGGGAGGGGAGCAAACUUAUGGACAAUACCGUUCAUAUUCCAUACAAUUCGAAGCCACUCCAAUGGACUAGUCUCAACCCGUCUUCUCUUGUGGAGCAGAUGAAGGAUUUUCACAUAACUUUUCCAUUCAAAACCCUCGAGGAUUACAUGAAACGAGCAGGAAUAACAAAUGGCUACCAGAGUAAACCUUGCCUCGAUCCGUAUGAUCCUGAGUGCCCGAACACAGCACCAAACAAGAAUUCACGUCAGCUUCCAGAUAUCGGUUACGAAUUGACUGGCGGUUGUUACGGUUACGCAGCGAAUUACAUGCACUGGCCAGAGGAACUGGUGGUUGGUGGUGGUGAACACAACGAAAACGGUUACCUAAAACGCGCUGCGGCCCUUCAAUCAGUCGUUCAGCUGAUGGGUGAGCACGAAUUCUACAAUUACUACCGAAAUCACAUGAAGACCGAGCGGAUAGAAUGGACGAUGGACAAAGCCUCCUUGAUAAUGGAAACGUGGCAGCGAGCAUUUAGCGAUCAAGUGAGACGCCACUUGAAUUCAUCUGGUGCUUCAGCCCUCUACAACUCUUACACCUUCAGUACAAUAACGAUGAAUGACAUUCUAGGAAAGUACAGUCAAUUCUCCAUAAUGAACAUUGCUAUUGGCUGUGGCCUAGUCCUCAUCUACUCAUCCGUUGUUCUUCUGAGGUGGAAGGAUCCUGUGAGAUCCCAAGCAGGAAUUGCUGUUGCUGGUGUUGUUCUUGUUUGUGCAACAGUAGCUGCAGGCCUGGGCUUCUGUGCAAUACUCGGAAUUCCCUUCAAUGCAAUCACAACCCAAAUCGUUCCCUUCCUUGCUCUUGGCCUUGGUGUUCACGAUGUAUUCCUUCUGACUCACACGUACGCUGAAUUAGCAGUUAAUGAAGUACCGAGUAGUGAGCAGACUGGAGUCGUUCUAAAAAGAACUGGAAUGUCUGUCUUCUUGAAAGGAGUGAGUAAUGUCACGGCGUUCUUUGCUGCUUCAAUAAUUCCAAUCCCAGCGCUAAGAGUCUUCUCUCUGCAAGUUGGAGUUCUCAUUCUUUUCAAUUUGGCUGCUAUGCUCGUCGUGUUUCCCGCUAUGAUCAGCAUUGAUCUGAGAAGACGAAGGUACGGGAGAUUCGAUAUCUUCUGCUGUUACUUACCCGCCACCUCGGAGGAUAAAAAUCGAACGGUGAAUCAUCGUUCUACUUCGGGGCGAUCGAACAGAAAAGAGAUUCACUCGGAAAUUCUCUCGAAACGAAGUGACAGAUAUGAGUCAUGGGUGGGGGGCACCACCGCCGAUCAGGAUAAUGAUAAAUACAAUUCUGAAGAGGACACUUUAACUGGUUGCACGCAAGAUGAAUGUUUGACGUUCUCAUUAACAAAGUUCGCUGCUAAACAUUAUGCCCCAUUCGUCACCAAACCGACCACCAAGGUCUUUGGAAUUUUGAUACUCUUUGUUGUCUUAUCUGGUAGUGUUUGGCAGGCUAUCAAGGUUGAAGACGGAUUGGAUCUGACUGAUUUGGUUCCCCAGGGCUCUGACGAACACGCUUUUUUGACAGCGCAGACAAAGUACUUUGGAUUCUACAAUAUGUGGGCCAUCACUGGAAGAGACUUUGAUUAUCCGAACAAUCAGAAGUUGUUGCAUGAGUAUCAUGAAGCCUUUAUGAGAGUCAAUAGGGUUAUAAAGAAUGACGAUGGUGGUUUGCCCAAGUUUUGGCUGGAGUUUUUCAGGGAUUGGUUGAGAAAUCUCCAAAAUGCUUUUGACAAGGAUUAUAAAGACGGUUGCAUUACGCAAGAGAGAUGGUACAAAAAUGCGAGUGACGAAGCCAUUUUGGCGUACAAAUUACUGGUGCAGACUGGACACGCUGAUAAUCCUGUGGAUAAGACUCUUCUGACACAAGUGAGGUUCGUGGAUUCUGAUGGGAUUAUCAAUCCAAGGGCGUUUUACAAUUACUUGAGUGCUUGGGUUCACAAUGACAUUCUCGCUUAUGAAAGCAGCCAAGCUAAUCUCCGACCUCAGCCAAGGACUUGGAUCUUUGCUAGAGACGAUGAGGAUCUCAAGAUCCCCAAGAGUUUACCUCUAACUUAUGCACAGAUGCCAUUUUUUUUGCACAAAUUGACGGAUACUACUGCUAUCACUGAACUCAUCAGCAGCAUUAGGAGCAUUUGCAAGAGAUUCGAGGAGAAGGGACUUCCCAAUUUUCCGUCAGGAAUUCCUUUCGUCUUUUGGGAAUACAUGGAUUUAAGAAGAUGUUUGGGAAUUGCUCUUGUUUCGGCACUGGGUGUCAGUGUCAUUGUCAUGGCAAUUGUACUGUUAAAUCUGUGGGCUGCUCUGCUAGUUGGCACUUCCUUGGCCGGAGUUGUACUCCAGUUGGCGGGAAUUAUGAGAUUGGUGGGGAUGAAACUCAAUGCUGUCCCUGCUGUUUUGCUGGUUGUCAGUGUGGGAAUCGCUGUUCACUUCAGUGUUCACAUUUGUUUGAGUUUCAUAACGAGUGUUGGUAGCAGAGAUCGUCGAGUACGUCUUGCAAUAGAGCACAUGUUUGCCCCAAUAAUUCACAGUGCCCUGACAACAGCCCUCACAGUGGGGAUGCUGGCAUUUUCCGACUUUGAAUUCAUAGUCAGAUACUUUUUCCUGAUUCUCAUCUGCCUGAUCGGAAUUGGAACCGCCAAUGGACUGUUCUUCUUCCCAAUCUUGCUGUCACUGGUGGGACCAUCACCAGAAGUUAUUCCUCAUGAACAUCCAGAUCGAAUAUCAACGCCCACACCACCAGCCUCACCUGUCAUUCGAAGAUCAAAGCCUCCUGCACCUCCCAGGAGGCCCCAUAAAAUUGAUAGUUCAAGAAUUCAGUCGAAACCCUCAUUAACAACUAUUUCUGAAGAGCCAAAUUCACUCAACAGUACGCAAGACUCAUGCAGUGCUCAGCCAGAGGUGAAGGUUGAAGCUACCACAACACGUGGAAAUCAGAACUGCGGCGGUUCUGAUACGAGCGGUUCUAGUCGAACAUCACCAGUGCCGUCCACAUUACAUCAUCGUCCACAUCACACAUGGAGUGUUCAUUUCGAUAGUGACAGGGUCACUUUGGACAGUGAUCUUGUCACUGUGCAAGUUCACACCGCACCCACAAGUGGAGUGGAUCGUGGUGAAAAAUGCCGGCAUUCGUCCUCAAGUAGCAGACGCUCAUCACGGUGUAGUGCAAACAUUAAUACGUCAGAGUCAUCGAGUUCGAGUUCUGAGCCGGAUAUUGACAAUGGUAAUGCCAAACACUGACAAUAAUGUAUACCGGGACGACCGGCAGCUACUGCUCAAGUACCACGCGAAGCGGGAAAACACAGAAGGCUGACUAGGUUAAUUUUUCAAAUUUAAUCUCUUUAUCCCUGUCUUUUUUUUACCCCCAAAAAUAUUGCAAGUUGACGCGGUUCUUUUGAUCGUUCAAUUUACUUACUGAUAACAAAAAAAAUGUAUUAUAAUCCAAAAGAAAUGGAUUCUAGGAUUUCGAGUGAAUUGUUAAGAAAUGAAAGAACAAAUUUCUCAAUGAAAAGGAGAAUUAUAUAAUUUCUUGAAAAUCAUAAUUUCAAGUAUUCUCAAGGGAUUGUUUCCCCUGUUCUUUUGCAGAUCGAACUGUAAAAUGUUCGUCUUUUGUACUUAGAUAACAAACUGCAUUUUAUGCAUUUUAUUAGGCACAUUCGGUAAUAAUCGUAAAAUGUGCCAAAUGAAAAUAUGUAAAUGAAAUUUUUUUAAUGACUUGAAAUGAUCAGAGACAGCUGAUUAAAUAAUGAGCAACAAAUGUAUACGGAAAUUAAUGUAUUCUUCGUAUUUUGUCUUUGAUGGGUUGUGUAAGACAAGAAAUUGUACAUAGAAUUUCUUCAAUUGUUAAGAAGAGCGGAAAAAUGAACAAAAAAUGAAAACGUUGAGUUCAUGAACAAAAAACUAGUUGAAUUCGUUACCAAGUGAAUUAUUGGCUUUUUUGUGAGUUGAGAAGCCUUUGAAAUGGUUCAUUAGUCACGUGAAAAUAAAAUUAUAUUUUACGCUUUUUUAAAGGAUUUUGUACUCGAGUAUUUUAAUACUUUUUUCUUCAUGUUCUUGUGAAGAUUUCUUAUUAAAAAUUUUUAUUGAAUUCCUUUAUACAUUUU